GGCUGCGGCUGGGCCGAGGGUGGUGCGGCCGCGUCUCUGGCUGAGCUGGCGCGUCUCUAGGUUGCUCGAGCGCAUCACGUCCAGGCAGAGAGCUACCUGGUGUACAACAUUAUGAGCAGCGGGGAGAUCGAAUGCAGUAACACGCUGGAGGACGCCCUCGACCAAGCUCUGCCCAGCCAGGCUUUCGUUUACCGCCCGGUGCGGCAGCGUGUUUACUCCCUCUUACUGGGGGACGGCAGAGAUGUCACCAGCACCUGCCCCACUGUCAAGGAGUGGUUUGUGUACUCUGGGAACCCACUGAGGCACCCGGACCUCGUCAGGCCUCUGCAGAUGAACAUUCCAGGUGGACCCCGGGCCAGUCUGCUUUCUGCUCUGCCUCACUCCGCCUGGGCUCCUGUUCAAGGUCUACAUCAGGGGAGAGCAAGGCAUGCCAAGAGGAGUACAGCUGUGGGCCCAAGCCCACUGCCGCCUGACCCCAGGGCCCAGUGCCUGGGCUUCGCUCAGUAAAUCUCUGCCAAAUCAACAGGGUUGGAUUCUUGAUAUUCUGCUUGAGUCAGUUCUCCUUCCUACUACUGAGAGUAUGUUUUGAUGAACUGGAAAGGGAAGAUAAAGGAAAGUUAUUUCAGCUGGAAAAAUAAGGUUUUUCCUCGUGAGUGUUACCUUAAAACCUAUAAGGGGAGGGAACAAAAAACAAAGUUCACCUAAAAAUUAGCUGAAGUCCUUUGUUCCUGCGAGUUCUUAGUAUCUGAAAAAAGUCAAGAAUUUGAGUGGGGGGUAGUGUUGUACAUAAAGGCAGGUUAAAGAUGAGGAGGGUGGUAAGGGUUUAUUUUUAGUGUUCCUUGCCAUUGUUUCAGAGGACAAAUAUUCUUCUAAAACUUUGAUAUUCCAUUUUUGUAUGCGUUAAAUUCUCUCGUGCCACUGUUGUUCCCAUCAUGCAAGUCUGCAGUUUACCAAAUAAGGGUGUGAGCACUGCAAAAUAAUUUUCUUAAAAAUGGAAUUCUAUUGGGAGAGAAGGUGAGGAAAGUUACUAUAGGGAAUAUUUCCUUAUUCUCUCAGCCAGUGAUAUAUUCAAACCUAAAAAGGUAUUUAUCAAAAAAAAAAUGAAGAUGAAUUAACAUCUGUUUAUACAGCAAGAGAUAUUUUUAAAGGAUAGCCAAAA